AGAGGGGUUGCGGCACUUCCGUGGAGGAUUCAUUUACCAUUAAUGAGGAAGCCGCAAAAAUGGGAUUGUUUUCAGAAGAGUUAUUUCCAACGAAGCUCAGCUUCGUCAUAUUCAUAUCGUAUAUGGCCUUAUUCAUUAAUCAAGGUAUCCUAGUGACAGCCUCCAAGAGUAAGGACAACACCUACAACUUUAACACAGUGGCCGUGGUGCUGCUGACAGAAUGUCUCAAGCUUAUUGUAUCAGUGGUGGUGUUUUUAAAGGAUCACUCUGUUGCUCAGUUUUUCUCAGACAUCCACAAGUACAAACAAGUAUUGCUGUACUACUUUGUGCCUGCUGCUCUCUACUGCCUUUAUAACAACUUGGGUUUCAUUAACCUGGCAACCUAUGACCCAACGACAUACUUCCUACUGCUGCAGUUCCGUGUUGUUGUGACCGGGGUGGUAUUCCAGAUGGUAUUCAGUAAGCAGUUGAGUCGGAUGCAGUGGAUGUCGCUGAUUUUCCUGACUGUUGGAUGUGUGGUAAAGGAAUACGGCCACGAUCAUGAGACAAAGGUAGAACCAGGUGCGUCUAGCUGGUCAGUCUACCUCAACCCAAGUCUCCUCCUCAUCAUGGUACAGAUCUUCUCGUCCUGUUUCGCAGGAGUUUACAACGAAUUUCUCCUCAAAGACAAAGGUGUUGAUGUACACAUCAUGAUGCAGAAUGUGUUCAUGUACCUGGACUCCAUUCUGUGUAAUCUGUUGGUGUUAGCCUUCAAGGGCCAGCUCGCCUCAGCCUUCACCGCACCGAGUAUAGCAGCACUCACCCAGCCUAGCGUUCUCAUGAUCAUGUGUAAUAACGCUGCCAUUGGUAUCGUCACUAGUCUCUUUUUACGCUCCUUAAAUUCCAUUUUGAAAACAUUUGCAAGUGCACUAGAGUUAAUGUUCACAGCAGUUCUUUGCUGGUUGAUAUUUGGUAUAAAAAUUGACAUCUACACUUUCAUUGCUAUCUUUAUUGUAUCUGUAGCGACCAUAAUGUAUGCUCAAAAACCUGUUGUAAAUCUAGCAAAAACUAGCAGUCAAAAUAGCGAACAAAAGGCUAAAGAAAAUGAUGCUGUAUGAAUACUUGAUGGUAUCAGUUUUUUUUAAAUUGUCGUUUGACAAAUCUUCUUAGCUUUUAAAGUAAUUUUUCCCUCUGAAUAUGAACAAAACUGGCAGUUUUUGUAACAACAAACUGUAGUGUUUACAAAAACCUUGUACAGUGUAUUAAGUCGGUAAUAUACAGGUCAGUGUCAAUGUUGUUUUCUGUAAUGAUUUUCUAUUACUUGAAUAUGGUUGUAGCUACAACGACAUGGAAGCAUAUCAUUUAUUAGAUUGCUAUAGGUAUUUGAGUUCUAUUUUCAACUCCUUUGGAUAGCAAAUAAGUUAUGUCCCCUUAAAGUUUAAUUUGUCCCAAGACUUCAGAAUGUACAACAUAUAAUGGGUGUAAAAUUUACUGAAGUAUAGACCAUGAAAUAAUUAAAACAAAUUAUUUUAAAUAAUUAGUAUAUAAAAUACCAGUUUGUGGUAUUGUUUUUCAAAUUAAUUAAUUUUGUCUAUUAUUUGUUAGUGUGGCCUUUUUACAACAAAUUGAUCACAAAUCCAUGUAUGAUCAAUUUUCAAAGAAAAGUGUAACUAUUAUUGGCAUUUUAGUAAACUUGAUUAGUUUAAGCAUAUCUCAGUGCUAGUUUCUAUAUCAGCAGAAGUCUUGUAAUAAUUAUUUGAAGUCAUCGUAGUGUCACUGACAUACCUAUACUUACACUGUGUGACCAAUAUGAGCUAUGUUUGAAGUUAUUAACUUUAUUAUAAAAAUCAUAAAAAUUCAGCCCAUUCCUGACACAAGUUUGUGUCUCUAAGUAUAAUAUCCUAAUAAAAUCUGUCUGGAGAGCAGUAAAAUGUACUAGCGUAUAUAUAUUAGAUGAAGUAUCCUGAAUAUACAGUUUAUGUGAUUUUUAUCUGCAAAUGUAUGAACAUUAUUCUAAGUAAUCUCAACAGAAUCCUCCACCGUAUUUCCAAUGCUUUGUCUAAAUCUAAACCACGCAUUUUAUAAACUGCUGGUCAAUGUUAGUCUCAAUAUAUGUAUGUAACAUAUAUAUAUAUCCAGCAAUAAGGCCGUGACUGGUAAUAAGGCCGUGACUGGUAGCAAGGGCGUGACUGGUAGCAAGGGCGUGACUGGUAACAAGGCCGUGACUGGUAACAAGGCCGUGACUGGUAACAAAGGCCGUGACUGG